AUGGAGGGAGCUCGCUUCACCAUCUUCUUCUUGUUCUCAAUCUCAUUGUUCUCUGUUUUGAAGGCCAAGGAUGAGGCGGCGAUGACCGCCGACAUCUACAUCGUCGUGGUCGAGAAGCCAGAAAGCAUCCAGCUGGAGGUCUCCUACCUCAAAACCCUCUCUGCUGCCCUUGGCAGCAACGAGGCUGCGAAGAAGGCCUUGAUCUAUAGUUACAAGACUGUCACCUAUGGUUUCGCUGCCUGGCUCACCCAAAAACAGGCAUUCGAGAUUUCGAAGCAACCUGGUGUUCUUCUGGUCAUGAUCGACAAGAAAUACAACCUCUUUCCAGCACCUGUGGGACCUCAGCAUGCACCUGUGGGACCUCGGCAUGCAGGACUUGCCUGA